AAUGAAUAUUUAUUUUAAUGAUUUAUUUAAGUCCAGUAUUUAUUCCAAGACUAAAAUAAAUCGUUUUACUAAUUUUCGAGAUUGACAAAUAAUUACCAAGUUAAAAAUAAUUUCCAACCAAAAAGUUCUGCGAAUAACUAUAGUUUUGGACGUUGGCUCCGAUACCACUGAAAGGUAACCACGGUUGAGAGGGUAGAGGAAAUACAAAAAUUUAAUCUCCCAAUAGUGAUUACUAGCCCAAGAACACGUACUAAAACUAUAGCUAGAGAUAGAAAGUUAUACCUUCUCCGGUAAAGCGGUAUGAACGUGUAGUCGAGCAAAAAGUGUUGAAGGAGCAAACGUAGCCGUUCAAGCGUCCGGCCUCCAACUUUGACACACGAACAAUCUCCGGAGUCUACUAUAAUCUUUAUGCUAGUAAAGAUUAUAAUAGUAUAUUUAAUAUAAAGAUUAUUUUAAGGAUAAUAUAAAUCUUGUAUAUUAAAUAGUAGAAAAUAUAUCAAUAAUAUUUUGAAGAAAAUAUUAUAACAAUUUUCUAUACCCAAAACAAUAACUUUUGGAACUCAAAUAUUAUGCUACUGCAUCUCUUCUCUUGGCCGAAUUGCUUUCUUAAAGGAGAAAGAGUAUAUUAUAUUUUAAAAGGGAAUAAUCGGCAUGCCCAAUAAAAAGCCUGUGUACCAUCCUUAUUUCAUACGGCUUAGGACAAUGAAUCAAAGCAUGCGGGUUCACGCAUUCGAAGAACGUAAUACUUCAAGUCUGAGGAUCGUUAUACCAAUAGUCGCAUUAAGGACACUUAGAGCAUAGACUAAAAGUCUAGGCAAUGCCCUUAAGGUGGGUCAGCACCCAAACCUUCAAGAAGCGGUCGGACAACGCCAGACCUGCCACUGCCACUGCCGCGCCACGGCGCCGUUCUGCUGCUGGCCCAGCUGAACCCCAGGCCCGGGCCAACCUUGCCUCCAUCGCCGACUCCCUCAACCGGCUUCACUUCAAAGUUGACGGGAUGGAUGGCUACCUUGAGCGGCUCGACGAGGCUGUUCAACGCCAAGGGCACGCCAUGAACGCAUACUUCCAACGCGUCAACUACGUCCCCCCACCGUACCAAGGCAAGUUCCUUGGGCAAGUGUAUGGUGACGAGGACGAAGAGGAUGGCUUCUACGCCCCGUCAAACUCUCCGGACGAAGACGAGUUAGAUGACGCCGUUGAUGGCGAUGAGAUGGACGACGACGACGACGACGAGGAAACCGAAGACGAAGACUAGGCCACACCUAGAAUUUUUUUCUCUUCUUUCUUCAAUUGUCCUGACUUUUAUUAACGCUUCUGUUGUACUCCGAUAUUUCCCAAUUUAAAUAAAAGUAUCUUUUACCU